ACGUGGCUGUGUAGUGUGCCGUGCAGAACCGAAUACGGAAGAGAGUUUAAUCAUGUUCAAGUUUGGUGUCGUGUUGUGUUGCCUGAUGGCCGUCGCCUGGGCCAUGCCUGCCGUAGAGCUUUCGCAAGCGAUUGAAACGCCGAACAAUCCUGCGGUGCUCCUGGUGCAGACUGAAAAUGAUGGUGCCGACGAUUUGGUUGGCGCUGAAACGGCUCACCACGGCGGAGGCUUCGGAGGUUACGGCGGCGGCUAUGGUGGCUACGGGGGAGGAUUUGGAGGAUACGGGGGUGGUUAUGGCGGCUAUGGGGGUGGCUUUGGAGGAUACGGUGGUGGUUUUGGCGGCUAUGGGGGUGGCUUUGGAGGAUAUCACCAUGGACAUCACCACCACCACCAUCACGGAUAA